CCGUUGCCGACGACGAUAAACCUCCUUCUCGUGCGUCCCCGCGAUUGCGAAGGAGAGGCGAGAGAAAGAGCGAGAGAGAGAGAAAGAGAGAGGGAGGCGCGGUGAACUUAUAUUCCGUAGGAUGGUGUGGAUCGGCGACAGUACAGAUAACACGUGGCUGUCAGUCGCUGCUACCGUGUCGGUUUCGCCUGCCUGUGUUAAUCGGCGGUACAGCAGUGUUUAGGAAGCAACAACCGCGCAACGACUCCGGAUUUGUUUAGCGCGCUAUGAAACGUCGUCUCGACGUUCGUGGUUUUAUUCACGAGAAACAGUCGUAGGGUGAAAAACGCGGACGACCUCACGGGUCGUGACGAGACCUGUAACAUUCGUGUGCACAGUGUGUCGAGUGACGGAGGCGAGGGUGGACAUUCUCGGGAGUCGACUGUGCCCAGCCGCGUAGAGGGUGGUUUCGCUCGUCGCGAAACGUCGCCGCUUUCGUCCGCGUACCGGCACUCGCCCUGACCAGUCGCCCGUGAUCACAGUCUUCAAGGCAGUCGGCGCUACCGCGAGUCAAGUGACAGCAUGUCCGGCAUUCUUUACACGCUGCUGGGCCUCGCGGCCAGCACGAGCCUCCACUGCGCCGUACGCCGCGAGAUCAGCCCGUGCACCUGCCGACAGGAGGAGUUCCCGAGUCCCGUUAUCAACCAGGCCACGGUGGCGGCGACGGUGGCCGCGUCCACCGGCGGGGUCGCCAACGCGAACAACAAUGCCGGCGGCGGCGGCGGCGGCGGCGGGGGCGGUGGCCACCACCUGGGGGAGCGUAUCGAGGUGCUGUGCGAGAAAAUGAAGUCGUUCGAUCAACUUGCCGAGGCAUUGAGCGGCAAGUUCACCCCCGAGCAGCAGAUCACCCUGCGGGUGGCGCACUCGAAUCUGCGCGACAUAUCGCGCCACGACUUCAAGGGGCUGCGUAUGUCCAUCACCCGGCUCGAGCUCAAUCACGAUCAUCUCGGGAUCGUGGACGGCGACGUUUUCGCCGGUCUGGGCCGCACGCAGUACUUGAGUCUCGCGGACAACGAGGUGCCGUCGGUACCGAGGCACAUCCUGUCGCAUCUGUCGCUGCUGCGAACUCUGGACCUCAGCAGGAAUCGGAUAAGCCGCAUCGAUUUGGACGACUUCAAGUACAAUCCGACGCUUCAGCACUUGGCCAUGGCCGGAAACGCGAUCUCCGAGAUGACCCCGGGCUCGCUGCCGCCUCUGGUGAAGCAUUUGCAUGUCGGCAGAAAUCGUCUCAAGAGCCUGAACCACACUCUAAGAGAUUUGAAUCAACUCGAGUGGCUGCUCAUUAAUUCUAAUGAGCUCACGUCACUCGACGGCGAGCUACCGUCAUCCGGCCACAAUCUCAAGAUGCUUUACGCCGUGGAUAACAAGCUGACGCAUCUGCCGACCGAGUUCCGAUACCUCCACCGUCUGGAGACCCUCUUCCUCCAGCAGAACAAGAUCCGAAAUCUCGACGGCACUCUGCAGAAAGCCAGACGCCUCAAGUUCCUGGAGCUCUCGUACAACGAAUUGCAAGAGCUGAACGCGAACGAUUUCCUAGAGGCGGAGCUGCUGGAGGACCUCGAGCUCGGACACAACUCCCUCAAGUCCCUCGGCGGCGUGGACAACGACGUAAACGGGAGUAGCGCCCUUUAUCCCCUCAGAUCAUUGAAGUGCCUGAACUUGACGCACAACGAGCUCCGUGAGUUCUCCCUGGCGUCCCUGCGAGGCCUGCGCGAGCUGAAAAUGCUCGAUCUGUCCAACAACCGGAUCGCCAGACUGCACAGAGGAAGGCCGUCCUCCGAGAAUUUGGUGGAGGAGGAGGGCGAGGAGAGCGCGGGCGGCACCAUCCAGGACCUGUGUCUUCAGCAUAACGAGCUGCGUAGCCUGGACGGCUCCCUGUUCCUGGGCAUGAAGGAGCUGCAGAGGCUCAAUCUUAGCCACAACGCGCUGGGCCCCACGAUCGGGCCGCGCGACCUGCGCGGGCUCGACGGCCUCCGCGUGCUCGACAUCUCGCACAAUCAGCUCACCACUCUCGAGGACACGUCGGAGACGCUAUCGUCGCUGGAGGAACUGAACGCGUCGCACAACCGCCUGGUCACGCUGUCCGGCCGAGAUUUUCGCGGUUUCACGGCGCUCUGCUGGGCCGACGUCAGUGCGAAUCAAAUACGUACCCUCAUGCCGGAGCUGGUGGCCAAUACACGAUGCACGAUUCACGGAGUCCCCGACGUGCUACGUAUAUACCUUCAAGAUAAUCCCGUGCUGUGCGACGCCGGCCUGGCCGACUUGACCGUCGCGCUCGAGGUAAAUCACGCCAAGGUUUACGGGGUCGGCAGCAAUUGCCCGACCACGACGACGACGACGACGACGACGACGUCGAAGCUACCGCCGGCACCGCUUCCGCCGACGCUCCUGGCCGCGGCGGCCGCGUCGGGCGGCAACGUGUCCUUCGCCGCCACCCUCGAGUAAGGGCCCCGGCAUCGCCGCGGUGCGUGCUGGCCCUACGAGAAUAAUCGCGCGAGCACCACAUCAAGCAGGGUGAAGAUCCGACGAAGGGAGGAAGGAAGGAAAAGGCAGGCCCGACGAAAUCCGCGCGGGUAUUCGUCGUCCUCAGUUUGGACAGGACGGCGAGAAAGGCGCGAAGACCGGACCGUCAAAGUACGAGCGGGGCGAUUGUCAGAAACGAUGAGACAUGCCACCUCUGUGGACACCCGUUUUGGUAGUGCGCAUCGCGUAUAUAUGUACAUCGUGCGUAAAUGUAAUGUAAAACGGGCUCGAUCGUUCCGAGCGCUCUCGGAAAAUUUCGUUCCCAGUGACUUCGGGGGAGGAGGGGUGUUGUUUAUGCGUCUGCCCCUGACACGUACCGCAGGAGGCGACUUUUGUGAUCGGCGUAAGAAAGCAAAUUCUUUGGUCGUAGGCGGGAUUUUCUCUUCAAAUUUACCCUGAGAAUCAUAUAAUCGUGAGAUAUGUGGCACUUUGAAGAAUUUUACGAGUUUUUUUGAAAUUUUACCAUACAUUCUACCAGUAAAAUGUAUACUUACUUAGUACGAGUAUAAUUACCCUGGUAGCACAGUGCAUUGACCAAACAUUGGUUAAACAUUGGUCCAAUAUUUGGAUGCAUUGGA